CUCUCUCUCUCUCUCUACACAGACAUGGCCAUUCCAUUCUCAUUCACAUUUCUUCUUCUUCUUGUCGCUCCUUGCUCCGUUUUCUCUUCCCCACUUCAAGAUCCAGAAUUAGUCGUCGAACGAGUCCACAAGAGCAUCAAUGCGUCGAGAAGAAACUUGGGGUUUCUAUCUUGUGGAACAGGAAACCCCAUUGAUGAUUGUUGGAGGUGCGACUCCGACUGGGCAAAGAAUAGAAAGCGUCUCGCAGAUUGCGCCAUCGGAUUCGGCAAGAAUGCCAUCGGAGGCAGAGACGGCAAAUUCUACGUCGUCACCGAUCCCGGCGACCACCCUGUGAAUCCUAAGCCAGGAACUCUCAGAUACGGCGUCAUACAGGACAAGCCCUUGUGGAUCAUCUUCAAGAAAAGCAUGGUGAUCAAGCUCAAACAAGAGCUUAUCAUGAACUCAUUCAAAACCAUCGAUGGCAGAGGAGUGGAUGUUCACAUCGCAGGUGGUCCUUGCAUCACAAUCCAGUUCGUCACCAACGUUAUAAUCCACGGAAUCAACAUUCAUGACUGUAAACCAGGAGGUAAUGCUUAUGUCAGAGAUUCUCCGACACAUUACGGGUGGAGGACGGUGUCGGACGGUGACGGAGUUUCCAUUUUCGGAGGAAGCCAUAUCUGGGUUGACCAUUGUUCUUUAUGGAAUUGCAAAGACGGACUCAUCGACGCCAUUUAUGGAUCCACAGCGAUCACAAUCUCAAACAAUUACAUGACUCGCCAUGACAAGGUCAUGCUUCUGGGUCACAGUGACAACUUCGAGCGGGACAAGAACAUGCAAGUCACCAUUGCCUUCAACCAUUUCGGUAAAGGGUUAGUCCAGAGAAUGCCAAGAUGCAGACAUGGAUAUUUCCAUGUGGUAAACAAUGAUUACACUCAGUGGCAGAUGUAUGCUAUAGGUGGGAGUGCUAAUCCAACUAUCUAUAGUCAAGGAAAUAGAUUUCUCGCUCCUAAUGACGGAACUAUCAAAGAGGUGACUAAGAGGGAGAAUUCGCCUGAGAAUGUGUGGAAGAACUGGAACUGGAGGUCUUCAGGGGAUUUGAUGCUAAACGGUGCGUUUUUCACGCCGUCUGGGAAAGGAUCGUCUUCGAGCUAUGCUCGAGCUUCGAGUUUGUCUGCAAAAUCUUCGUCACUCGUUAGUUCUAUUACAGCAGCAGCUGGAUCGCUUAAAUGCAGAAGUGGCUCGCGUUGCUGAAUGAAAUUGAGUUUGAGUUCUCUUAAUGGACUGGCCAAGACGAAUGAAAUCUACAUGAUCUGAUCUCACUUUCUGUAUAUCCAUUGUUUUUUUUUUUUUUUUUUGCCCUUUAUUUUGGUUUUGUUAUGUAACACUACAACCUUAGCUUGUGGCGAUGGUGGGCACAAGUUGAAGAGUUGGUAAUGUAAAUCUUCAAUUAAUGCUCAAUGACAAACCCAACAGAAAUGGGUAUUAUCUUGUUUUAAUUUAUAAAUGAAAUGAAAUAUGUUUUUUAAUGACA